AUGGGAAUUCGCUUGCCGGUUCAUGCAAAGCGAGCUUUCCAAUGGAUUCUUUCAGCUCCAAUGGCUACAGAUGUGCCCAAAGGACACUUUGCUGUUUAUGUUGGAGAAGCUGAAAAGAAGAGAUUUGUUGUUCCGAUUUCGUAUUUGAAGCACCCUUCAUUUCAGAACCUACUAAGCCAGGCAGAAGAGGAGUUUGGUUUUGAUCAUCGGAUGGGUGGUCUUACAAUACCAUGCAGAGAAGAAACCUUCAUUGAUUUCACUUUGCAGUUUGAAUUGCUCCUAGAAAAUAUAGUUCACAUGAUAGGAAGAUACUAA